CAGGCCUCACGUCGCCUGUCUGCGCGUCCAGCAUGCUGAGGGCGCUGCACACUCGCUUUGCAUAACAUGGCCGCUCCCGGGGGCCACGACAAUCCCUUUAGAGACCCCGCCACCGGCAGCGUUUCCGACACGCUCGCGGUGGGGCGCGAUGCCUCGCUGACGCUGGGGACGGACUCGCUCGUCGUCUUGGGUGCCCUGCCUGGCCGUACCAAGUCGACGCGCGCGAUCCCCUUCUACAAUGUGCUCUGGGCCGAGCACUCAGCCAGCGGCGACAUCACGGUGCAGUACGCCCAUGCCGUGUCGCCCAAGGUCGUGCGCCCGGCCAUCGUCAGCUAUACGCUCGACAAGCCCGACAGCCACCUGGUCGAGGCCUGGAUCGCGAAGCUGCUGGACCGCGCAUACGGCGCAUCGCAGCGCCAGAAGCGCAUGAAGGUGCUGCUGAAUCCCUUCGGCGGCCAGGGCGGCGCUGUUGGCAUGUACCACAAGUCGGUGGCGCCCAUCCUGGCCGCCGCGCGCUGCACCCUCGACGUCCAGGAGACGCAGCACCAGGGCCACGGCGUCGAGAUUGCCCAGAGCCUGGACAUCGACGCGUACGACGUCGUCGCCUGCUGCUCCGGCGACGGCAUCCCGCACGAGGUCUGGAACGGCCUGGGCAAGCGUCCGGACGCCGCGAGGGCCCUGGCCCAGGUCGCCGUCGCCCAGCUGCCCUGCGGCUCGGGCAAUGCGUUGAGCCUCAACUUCAACGGCUCCGACAGCCCCAGUCUCGCCGCCCUCGCCGUCGUCAAGGGCCUGCGCACGCCGCUCGACCUCGCCUCCAUCACGCAGGGCGACCGCCGCACCCUCUCGUUCCUCUCGCAGUCCGUCGGCAUUGUCGCCGAGACGGAUCUCGCCACAGAGCAUCUGCGCUGGAUGGGCAGCGCGCGCUUUACUUGGGGCUUCCUCGUGCGCCUGCUGUCCCAAACCAUCUACCCCGCCGACAUCGCCGUCAAAACCAUCCACGACAACAAGGCCGCCGUGCGCGCCGCCUACCGCGCCGAAGCCGCCAAACCUGCGCCCGCCCACGACCCCCGCCCCGUCCCCGCCGCUGACACGCCCCUUCCCCCGCUUCAGUACGGCACCAUCAAUGACCCGCUUCCUGCCGGCUGGGACCUGAUCCCCCACGACACCCUCGGCAACUUCUACUGUGGCAACAUCGCCUACAUGUCGCCGGACGCCAAUUUCUUCCCCGCUUCGCUCCCCUCGGACGGCUGCCUGGACCUGGUCCGCAUUCGGGGCGACAUUGCGCGCGGCACUGCCGUGAAAAUGCUCAUGGCAGUUGAGAACCACACCUUCUUCGAUAUGGACGGCGUCGACUACCAGAAAGUGGUAGCGUACCGCAUCAUCCCAAAAAAUCAGGACGACGGAUACAUCAGCGUUGACGGCGAGCGAGUUCCGUUUGAGGGAUUCCAGGUCGAGGUGCACCAGGGCUUGGGCACGGUGCUGAGCAAGAGCGGACAUCUAUGUGAGGCAAAAGGCGUGUAA